UAUACAUUUACCUCACCAGCAGCUCAGCAGGACUGUUCAUUGAUAACAUCCAACACUGGAUUCUCUUGGUUUGAGGGAGAAGUCACAGAGUCUGAGGCUGCAGAGUGAUGGGGUCAUAUCCAGCCCUUGUGUUCGUGCUGCUGUUUUCAGCUACUCUGUCCUCCAGCUGUGAUGGUGGAAAAGUUCUGGUUUACCCUAUAGAUGGGAGCCACUGGCUUAACAUGAAAAUCCUGGUGGAAGCGCUUCAUUCUCAGGGCCAUCAAAUCACUGUAGUACGUUCCUCCACCAGCUGGUACGUUUCCGAAUUCUCACCCCAUUACACCUCCAUCACCAUCACCCAGGAGCAGUCCCAAAACUUAGAGAGCCAAGACUUCAUGACCUCUUUUUUGAAGAGGUCAAUAGAGAUCCGUCGGAAUAAAGGCUCACUAUGGGCGUUUCUGGACUUCUAUAGCAACCUUUUCAACAUGAUGGGGGAGAACCAGAUUGUUGUGGCAAAAAUGGUCGUCAGCAUCUUUGAGAAUAAGACACUAAUUAAGGAGCUGAAGGAAAGUAGAUAUGAUCUUUUUCUGACUGACCCUGCAUUUCCAGGCGGAGUGCUGUUGGCACACUAUCUCCAGCUUCCCUUGGUUUUCAAUGUGCGCUGGCUUUACAAUGGAGAGGCCCACUUCGCCAUUGCUCCUUCUCCUCUGUCCUACGUCCCUGAAUUGUUCACUGACCACUCUGACAAGAUGGACUUUUUCCAAAGAAUCCAUAAUAUUAUCCAUCAUAGCAUGCUGGUUUACAUGUACCACUAUGUCUCAAAUCCGCCUUACCAGGAUGUGUGUGAUCAUUACUUUGGACCCGAUGUCAGCGUCAUGUCUCUAAUCCAGGGAGCUGAUCUUUGGCUAAUGCGAGUUGACUUUGCAUUUGAGUUCCCUCGUCCCACAAUGCCCAAUGUCGUCUACAUUGGAGGGUUCCAGGGUAAGCCCUCCAAGCCUCUUCCAUCAGAUUUAGAGGAUUUUGUGCAGAGUUCCGGUGAACAUGGGGUGGUCGUCAUGACCCUGGGUACCCUGCUGAGCGACCUCGGCCCUGAAAUAUCGGAAAUUAUCGCCUCAUCAUUUGCCAAUCUCCCUCAGAAGGUCGUGUGGAGACACAUCGGGAAAAGACCCAUCACUCUGGGAAACAACACCAUGCUGGUUGAAUGGCUGCCUCAAAAUGACUUACUAGGUCACCCUAAAACCAAGGUUUUUGUCACGCAUGGGGGUACUAAUGGAAUUUACGAGGCCAUCUACCACGGUGUCCCAGUUCUGGGCAUUCCUCUCAUCUUUGACCAGUAUGACAACAUGGUGCGUCUGAAGUCACGGGGAGUAGCUGAGAUUGCUGAAGUGACAACCUUGGAUGUUGAGUCUCUGACAAGUACUCUGAAGAAUAUUAUAGACCCAGAAAAGCCAUACAAACAGAAUAUGCUCAAACUGUCACGGCUUCAUCAUGACAAACCAAUGAAACCCCUAGACAGUGCCAUUUUCUGGAUCGAGUUCGUCAUGAGGCACAAGGGAGCAGCACAUCUGCGCACUGAGUCAUAUAAGUUGCCAUGGCACACCUAUCACUGUCUCGAUGUGAUGGCAGUCUUUGCAGGACUUGGUUUGCUGAUCAUCGCAUUAGUUUGGGUUUUCUGUAGAUGUAUCAUUGGAUGUUUGAUAAGGACCAAGAAGUCCAUAUCAAAGUCCAAGAAUGAAUAGAUAACCUCACAAUGAAGCAACCUGGAGACUGUUGAAACGAGUGAGGUCAGAAUUAAAUAGGAUUUAUUGCCAAGUAACACAUACAAGGAAUUUGCCUUGUGGUUGGUGCAUGCAUAAACAUAUUAAAAGGAAAUAAAGAAUAAAUGUAAAAGACAGAAUAACCUAAUCUCUCUGCUGAACUGUCUUUUUGCAACAACAAAAAAAUGUGAUUUUUUUGCAUAUUUUACAUACUGAUGU